AUGGCACCGAAAACCAGCGGAAAGGCCGCCAAGAAGUCCGGCAAGGCCCAGAAGAACAUCGCCAAGGGAGACAAGAAGAAGAGGAAGGUCCGCAGGAAGGAAUCCUAUGCUAUCUACAUCUUCAAAGUGUUGAAGCAAGUCCACCCUGAUACCGGAAUCUCGUCCAAGGCCAUGAGCAUCAUGAACAGCUUCGUCAACGAUAUCUUCGAACGUAUCGCUGCUGAAUCCUCUCGGCUGGCUCACUACAACAAGCGCUCGACCAUCACAUCCCGCGAAAUCCAGACUGCCGUCCGUCUGCUGCUUCCGGGAGAGUUGGCCAAGCACGCCGUCUCUGAAGGAACCAAGGCUGUCACCAAGUACACUAGCUCCAAGUAA